ACUGUGACACGUGCUCUUUACUGCAGGUUUUUGUGUAGUAUAUUACUGUGACACAGGCUAUUCACUACAGGUUCUCAUUUAGUACAUUUUUGUGACACAUAUUCUUCACUACGUAUUUUUAUGUAGCACAUUUCUGUAAUAUAUGUUCUUCUGUACGAGUUUUAAUGUAGCGUAUUUCUGUGACACAUUCUCUUCACUACAUGUUUUUACGGGGUACAUUUCUGACCCAAUGCUCUUCUUUAAAGAUUUCCAUGUAAUACAUUUUAUGAGGCACGCUCUUCACUACAGUUCUUCAUAGAGAUACCAGCCAUCAUCCCACGACAAAAUAUUGCAUUAUUUAAAAACCUGAUAUCUAGUGUAAGUGUGUGUUUGUGUUUUUGCUACUGAAAGUGCCUUUGAGAAUAGAGCUAUGGGCAGCUUGAGAAUCUGAAGAAAUCUUCUUAUCAAACAACCUUCUACAUCUAAUCCUCUUCGCACAGAACUUUGAUAAUGCCGCAGAGAAAAGGUCUACUUGCUCCACAAAAUACGUUUUUAGAUACGAUAGCAAAUCGGUUUGAUGGCACACACAGUAAUUUUGUGCUUGGGAAUGCCCAAGUGCCUGCAAUUUUUCCGAUCGUCUACUGUUCAGACGGGUUCUGUGAGUUGACAGGGUUUUCCAGAGCUCAGAUAAUGCAGAAAGGUGUUGGUUGUAGCUUCCUAUACGGAUUGGAAACCCCGGAGGACGCAAAAGAAAAGAUAGAAGAUGCCCUGAAAAACAAAGUGGAAUUAAAGUUGGAGGUGAUUCUUUACAAGAAAAAUGAAACUUCCUUUUGGUGUUUGUUGGAUAUCGUUCCCAUCAAGAACGAGAAACACGAGGUGGUUUUGUUCCUCGCUUCCCACAAGGACAUCACCAAAACGAAGAUGGCCGAGAUGGAGGAGGAAAUGUACGAUGAGGAGGAUCCGCUAGCAGGGAAUUUUUCCAUUUUCGUUCCAUUUCGUCAGACCACUGACCACAUGGCCACUCUUGACCCUGAGACUUGCAUCCCUAAUUCAAACUACCAUCGUCGCCGGAGUCGAGCAGUUUUAUAUCAGCUUUCAGGACAUUACCGCCAGGAUAAAAUAAAACCUAAGCUUAAGCUAAAUAACAAUCUUCUACGCUCCACGUCUCUACCAGAGUACAAAACAGCAGCUAUCAAGAAGUCCAAGUUCAUUCUGUCUCACUAUGGAGUUUUUAAAACUUGCUGGGAUUGGCUGAUACUCAUCGCUACUUUUUAUGUAGCCAUCAUGGUACCAUAUAGCGCUGCCUUCCGAGAUACAAACAUAAGCCCGUCUGUAAACAGGACUAUAAUUACUGACGUCAUUGUUGAAGCUCUUUUUAUUAUAGAUAUCGUCAUUAAUUUCCGCACCACCUUCGUCAACAAGAAAGGUGAGGUAGUGGCCAAGCCAAAAUCCAUCGCUAUUCAUUAUUUGCGAGGCUGGUUCCUUGUCGACUUGUUAGCCGCCAUGCCCUUCGAUCUUUUGUAUGUUGCCCAUCUUUACAAUCGGGACACGUCGAUGCAUUUAUUGAAACUGACUCGCCUUCUUCGACUAGCUCGACUUCUUCAAAAGAUGGACAGAUAUUCGCAGUACAGCGCCAUUAUCCUUACACUUCUAAUGCUGAUGUUUUCUCUGGUUUCUCAUUGGCUGGCUUGUAUAUGGUACGUCAUUGCAUUAGAAGAAAUUGAAGUCAAUCCAGUUGACUGGGACGUAGGUUGGCUUCACGAAUUGUCGGAUAAAAUCGGCGUUGAUAUUGUUAACUUUACGGACACCGCCACAGCUUACGUUACUGCCCUGUACUUCACAACGAGCAGUCUAACCAGUGUCGGCUUUGGAAAUGUUUCAGCUAACACUAACGCAGAAAAAGUAUUUUCCAUACUUACCAUGCUGAUCGGAGCUUUAAUGCAUGCUGUUGUGUUUGGAAACGUGACUGCUAUUAUCCAGCGGAUGUACUCGCGGCGAUCUCAGUACCAAACAAAACUACGGGAUCUGAAAGAUUUCUUUAGACUUCAUCAGAUUUCCAAGGAGCUGCGACAAAGAAUGUUGGAUUACUUCCAGACCACAUGGGCGCUGAAUAAUGGGAUAGAUCCAAAUGAGAUUCUCCGGGAGUUUCCUGAUGAACUACGAGGUGAUGUUUCCAUGCACCUGAACAAGGAAAUGUUGUCACUACCAAUAUUCGAGCCUGCGCCGCAGGGAUGUUUAAAACAGUUAGCACACCACAUCAAGAGUAACUUCUGUGCACCUGGAGAAUACUUGGUGCACACAGGAGACGCACUUAGCUACCUCUACCUCGUGUGUAAUGGUUCCAUGGAAGUGCUACAGAACGGCAUGGUGGUAGCCAUUUUAGGAAAAGGUGACCUAGUUGGAUGUGACAUAAUGGUGGAACUGAGCGAGGUUAUCCUAAAGUCAACCAGCGAUGUGAAAGCCUUGACCUAUUGCGAUUUGAAGAGUAUCUACAUUCCAGGUCUGAGAGAGGUUCUGAAACUUUAUCCAGAGUUUGCUGAGAGUUUCACCCACGAUAUCCUCCUCGACUUGACCUUUAACCUCAGGGAAGGAUUUGACACUGACGAAGAAGACAUGACGAACGGAACUUGUUCCUUAGCCUUGCACUCAAUAUCAGAGGAUGACGAGAAUGACAGCAGCGACGAUGCAGACCAAGUUUCACUACUCCUUUCCCCCACACUUUGUACACCAAUAAAGACGGGAGUAUCCCAUUCUUUUCAAGGAGAUGAGAUGCCUUGGGACUGCAGCUCUGAUUUUGCCUUCCAACAAACUCGAAGUUCCAUGGCUGAGCGAGCACCGCCGAAUUAUGAUAAAGUUAGACCAGUAGCAACUCAUCCUAAUAUUGGUCGGACGUUGGAGCUUUAUGAACUUCAUGAUGAGCUACAGAUUGCCAGAAACAAUUUGGGAAGGUUAGACGCACAGAUGGAGUCUCUUACCAAGAGUGUGGUAACACUAAGUGAUGACGUUCGAGUGACUCUGACUUUAGUUCGACAGCUCACUACUCACUCUAGAAGUGGUCCUCUCCACACCCAUUAUCAGGACUUCUCCCAGUACUACUAUCUUUCUAAAUCAUUAAUCCAGUCUUCAUCACAACCGACUGGAUUUUCAGUUUUUCAAUCCUCAGUCGACCAGAAAACUCGACUUCGUGUCGUCUCCAAAACGACACAGACAGACCAUUACCUACAGAACGACCUAUCUAACGAAGGAAGGAAAUACCAAGCUUCUCGUCCAAACUCCGGCUAUCCCUCCAGCUCCUCUAACGACGACAAGGUCCGUUUAUUAAUUGGAAAUGGCUUUUCUGUAACAAAGGACGAUGACGGGAGUAUAUCUGACGAUAGCGUAUUCAGGAACUCUGGAUUAAUUAAGAACAAUGGCUCGUCUUCCAAGAAUGAUGGUUUAAGUUUGGGAAUCUUCAGUAAUAACGGAGAAAAGUGGAACAGAGAACAGGUGAUUAAUGUCAAUGAAAGAUUUUCACCUCGAAGAACCCUCUCGACUGAUCUCUGAGCUAAAAGUUGACUAACAUUGAACAACUUUUGAGAAGUAUACAGUAAAUAUAUUGAAAUUUUAUAAACUGCCAAAGAGAAGAACAUGACACUUCCAUUGGUGACAAAAAAAAAAAAAAUAGCCAGCCAGAAAAAGUUUCUCCAAUUCGAGGGAAUAUACUUUCCAGUAAACUCAUA